AUAUGACUCAUCCAGUUUUGAUGGGAACAACGGACUUUAUAUUAAGCCUCUUGACAAUUUCUACGAGAAGUGGGACAACGUAUAAAGCUGUUCUCAGAGAUGGUUCUGCUAUUGCGAUCAAGAGGCUUAGCGCGUGUAAGCCUAAUGAGAGGAUGUUUCAAGCUGAGAUGAAGGCGUUGGGCCAUUUAAGGCAUCUGAAUCUGACUCCUUUGUUAGGUUACUGCGUAGUGGAAGAUGAAAAGCUUUUGGUUUACAAGUACAAGUCGAAUGGAAAUUUGUCUUCUUUGUUGGCUAAGCAGUCGAGCUUGUUGGAUUGGCCCACGAGGUUUAAGAUCGGUCUAGGGGCAGCCAGAGGGCUUGCGUGGCUUCACCAUGGCUGUCGGCCUGCAAUCUUACAUCAAAACGUUAGCUCAAACGCUAUAUUCGUUGAUGAAGAUUAUAAUGCUCGGAUAGUGGAUGUUGGAUUGGCUAGGCUCAUGAAUUCUUCCGAUAACUAUGUGAACGCGAGUAGCUUUUUUAACGGGGAACUGGGUGAGUUCGGUUAUGUGGCUCCAGAGUACUCGACCACCAUGGUUGCUUCUUUAAAAGGCGAUACUUAUGGUUUUGGGGUCGUGCUUCUGGAACUAGCCACCGGCCAGAAACCUACAAAUGUAGCCAUCGCCGAAGAAGGGUAUAAGGGUAAUUUAGUGGAUUGGGUGAGUCAAUUAUCAGGUGCAGGGCAGAUCAAAACCGCUAUAGAUAAGAACAUUCAAGGCAAAGGUGAUGAUGAAAAAAUCAUUGAAUUUAUGAAAAUUGCAGGCAAUUGUGUUAACAAGGCUAAAGCUAGAUGGUCAAUGUACGAGGUUUAUGAAGCGUUGAACAAUAUGGCACAAGAACUAGGUUUAUCUGAAGAUCAUGAUGAAUUUCCACUUCUUUUUGACAACCAAAAUGGUGUGUUUUGAGCCAAGAUCAUGUUCCCAACAUGGUCAUGACAAACAUCUCCAUUGAUUGUUUACCUGAUGUAUUCAGUGUGUGCUUGUUGUAUAUCCCAUGUUUUCUAUUUUAGCUCUAUUCAUUUGAUGCUUGUCAAAUUUAUUACACAUAUUAUUCCAGCUUAUCUUCAACGGCCUUUGAAGU